CCAUUUUGUACAUAGCUGCUGAGAUUGGUCUUCGUGAGGUGUUCAGCUUCUUGCUUGGUUUAUGUGACAUGGAGGUGCUGAAGAUCAGGGCCAAAUCGGAUUUGAACCCCUUGCACGUUGCAGCCAAAGGUGGCCAUUUCGGGAAAUAUUUUCUGAUCAAGCAUGGAAAGCCAGCAUUCCAAUGUAAAGACUCCCGGGGUUGAAAAAGCAAUACUUCAGGCAAAUGCUCCGAAGAGGUUUUGCCAGAAAUUACAUAAACCAAAAUGAGGGAAACUCAUUCUCAAAUGUUCCAAAUUUGAGUUUUCAAGAAUUUGGGUUUAUUUUUUCAAUCUUAAUAUUUAAGUAUUAAACUUCAUGGAAAACACCUUAAAGACCUCAAUAUUCCACCUUCUUGGUGACAUUUUUCUUUCCAUUCUUUCUUUUUUCAACACAUUAUCAGUUAGAAGGAUCAAAUAUUCUACUUGAACCAUCAAUUGCUAUAGCCUGCAGAUGUGCCUUAUUUGAUGUUGAUUUUAUUUUCUCUAUUGGGUAUGCUUUUAAAUUGAUCAAGUUAGUCAUGCAUGUCAUAGGUCAAAUGAUAACACAUCUUUUAAAAUUUCAGGAUAAUAGUUGUAGUUUGUUUACUAAGUAUGUGACACUAUUGAACUCCUGGCUACAAUUUCUGUUAUAGUAUUUAUAGGUCCUAAAGUGGCAAAGACCAAUGUUAGGAGGUCUCCUCUUUGACAGAGAUUAAGGGUACUGAGGAAAACAAAAUGAAAAGCAAAAAUCAAGACAUAGGGAGAAUUAUUACAUUGCAAUUAUAUCAUACUUCACUGCUAUACUGAUGAUAAUAAGGAUUUGAAUCCUGAUAUGUUUGAUUGUCAAUCUUUGUCAGAUAUUGUAAGGGAAAUUUUGAGUACUUGGCCUGAGGUUUGUAAGUUAUGCAACUCCUCUAACACUAGUCCCUUAUAUUUCGCUGCUGUCCAAGAUCAUUUGGAUGUAGUGAACGCAAUAUUGGAUGUUGAUGUGAGUUCAAUGAUGAUAGUAAGGAAAAAUGGCAAAACUGCAUUGCACAAUGCUGCAAGGUAUGGCAUCCUUCGCAUUGUAAAAGCACUGAUUGCCCGGGAUCCCGGAAUAGUCUGCAUCAAAGAUAGAAAGGGUCAAACUGCACUGCAUAUGGCUGUGAAAGGACAAAGUACUUCAGUGGUGGAGGAGAUAUUACAAGCUGACCUUACGAUAUUGAAUGAACGAGAUAAGAAGGGUAACACAGCUCUUCACAUGGCUACCAGGAAAUGCCGUCCACAGAUAGUGAGCCUUUUGUUAACCUACACAGCUCUGAAUGUCAAUGCCAUCAAUAAUCAGAAGGAAACAGCCUUGGAUUUGGCAGAUAAACUGCGAUAUGGAGAUUCAGCUUUGGAAAUCAAGGAGGCCCUUACAGAAUGUGGUGCCAAGCAUGCCAGGCAUAUUGGGAAAGUGGAUGAAACCAUGGAACUAAAAAGAGCUGUGAGUGAUAUAAGGCAUGAGGUGCAGUCACAGCUCAUACAGAAUGAAAAAACUCGCAAAAGAGUUUCCGGUAUUGCUAAGGAAUUGAAGAAAAUUCAUAGAGAGGCAGUUCAAAACACCAUCAAUUCUGUCACAGUGGUAGCUGUCCUAUUUGGGUCAAUAGCUUUCAUGGCCUUAUUCAGUCUACCUGGUCAAUACCGAAAGAAGCAACCAGACGCUGGGGAAGCAAAUAUAGCCAAUGAUGCCGCCUUCAGUGCUUUCUGCCUUUUGAAUGCUACAGCUCUUUUCCUUUCACUUGCAGUUGUUGUUGCUCAAAUCACUUUGGUGGCUUGGGAUACAAGGUCUCAAAGGCAGGUUGUGUCAGUGAUUAACAAGCUAAUGUGGGCUGCUUGUGCCUGCACUUGUGGUACUUUUCUUGCUAUAUCAUUCGUGGUUGUUGGAGAUGAAACAUGGCUGGCUAUUAGUGUCACACUUUUGGGGGCACCAAUUCUACUUGGUACUCUAGCAUACUUGUGCUACUUUGUUUUUAGGCGACGCUUUGGACACUGCAGUGAUUCCCAGAGAUUAGUCAAGAGACCAAGUGGAAGCAAAUCAUUCUCAUGGUCUUACUCAGUUAACAUAUCAGAUGUGGAUGAUUAUGAUUCUGAUCCUAUGAAGAUAUAUGCUCUAUAAGUGAGUAUGUCAACUUGAACCGGUAUCCUGCCACCUUAAUGGAAAGUGAAAUGUUCACUCACUUGGAUUCAGCUGCUUAAAUUCCAGUUGACUAGUUAGUUUUACACAAGAGAAUCGGUUGAGUAAGCUAAUACAUGUGACUGAUAAUCAGAAUUCGGAUGUAGAUUUUUGUACAUAGUUAAAAAAAUAUAGAAAGGAAGUCCUGUUAAAGCUUAUAUCUAGCACUGGAUUUUUUGAAAGAAAAAAAAAUCCGCUCCAUGAUUUGGUUGGGGUUGGACUUUAAUUUGUUGACUAAUGAUAUAUUAAGCAUAAUUGAGAGGCA